GUGACUUUUUAUUAUCUGACCUUCGCAGGGGACUCCAACAAUUUCUGCGCGUCUUCCAUCCGACGCUCACUCCCAUCACAAUGGCUCUCCCACGAUCGUCUGGCCUCCGCGCCCUCCGCCUGCAAUCCUCCCUCCUCCGCAAACAACAGCCCGUCACCAACCCCUCCCGACUCCCCCUCUUCACACCCUACCGUCAAUUCCACCAAUCCCGCACCCUCGACGCCGUGAAACCGUUUCUCCUCGCCGACAUCGGCGAGGGCAUCACGGAGUGCCAGCUGAUCCAAUGGUUCGUGCAGCCGGGGGCGCGCGUCGAGCAGUUCGACAAGAUCUGCGAGGUGCAGUCCGACAAGGCUUCGGUGGAGAUUACGAGUCCGUUCGACGGGGUGAUUAAGAAGCUGCACUACGAGCCGGACGAUAUGGCGAUUACGGGCAAGCCGUUGGUGGAUAUUGAUAUUGAUUUGGAGGAGAUUAGCGAGGCGGAUGCGCAGAAGUUGGGGGAUGUUGGCGGGGAGGGCGAGAAGGCGGAGGGCAAGGAGGCCGCGAAGGAGCAAGAUGUUGCGGAUGAUGCGAAGGAGACGGAGGCUUCUGCCAGUCAGUCGGGUGAGGCUUCGGUGCCGCCGCCUUCGGGCUCAUCACCGGAUGCCCAAGCCUCGCAGCCUUCGAGGCCGUCUUCCAAGGGCGACAAGGGCGCGCUCGCUACGCCUGCGGUACGGCGGAUAACGCGGGAGCACAAUGUCAAAAUUGAGGAUAUACAAGGCAGCGGCAAAGACGGCAGGGUGCUGAAGGAAGACGUGCAGCGACAUGUGUCGGGCCAAAGCCAGCAGCAAUCACAACCCCAGCAACCAUCCACCUCAGCACCGGCGCCACCCCCGGCAGCUACACGGGAAGACAAGAAGGUCUCCUUGACACCUGUGCAGUCACAAAUGUUCAAGGCGAUGACGAAGUCGCUCAACAUUCCCCACUUCCUCUACACCACCACCGGCGACAUGACCGCCAUCUCCGCCAUGCGUGGCAAGUUGAAUGCGAAAGGUCCGGAGCAGAAAGUGACACAUCUGGCCUUCGUCCUUAAAGCCCUGAGCUUAGCCCUUCGACACCACCCGCUCCUUAACGCCCAGCUUAUCGUCAAAGACGGGCAGAAACCCGAACUCACCCAUAAGGGCUCGCACAACUUCGGCAUCGCCAUCGACUCACCCUCCGGCCUGCUAGUCCCCGUACUGAAGAACGUGCAAGACCUCAGCAUCACGGAGAUCGCAGCCAACCUGCGCUCGCUAGGCGAGAAGGCGCGAAGCAACAAGCUGGCGCCGGGCGACUUCAGCGGCGCCACGUUCACCGUCUCCAACAUUGGCUCCGUGGGCGGCGGCGUGGUGGCGCCGGUGAUUUCGGAGCCGCAAGUGGCCAUUAUGGCGAUUGGGCGCAGCAAGUUUGUGCCGGCGUUUGACGAGAACGACGAGCUGAUCAAGAAGGAGGAGCUGACGUUCAACUGGAGCGCGGACCAUCGCGUGGUGGACGGGGCGGAGUGCGCGCGGUGCGCCGAGCGGGUGAGGGGCUAUCUGGAGGAUCCGGCGGGAUUGAUUGUUGCGAUGCGAUGAGAGGAUGGGGAUUGUUAAUUGUUUGCAGUGCAUUUCAAGGCGAGGCGCAUCUUGCAUGUUUCUAUGGGAUGAAGGAUGAGGUUAGACAAACUUGAAUGCAAGAGGCUUGAAGCCAUUGGAUCGCCGUCAGAUCCCGCCAGCUGCCCCGCAGAUUGGCCCUUCUCCGGAGUUUCAUUGAAAUAUUUGGCGGAUGCUGGAGCGAAUUCGAGCGUUGUGACGCCGGAGAUGCGCCAUCUGGCCUCAGGCGUCCAUAUCACCCCGCUUAGGUUUACAUCUGUCAGAGGUAGACUGGAUGGCCCUUCUCGACAAUGUCGACUUCACAAUUUGGCGAGUCGUAGACCGAGUUGAAGAAAUUGUUAUUCGCGAGAUGUGCCGGCCGGGCUUGAGAGCUUCCUAAUGAGGCUGCUGAACCCCACCACCAACACCGCGUCUAGCCGCGCCAGCUGCCUGGAAAUAUCUUAACCACAC